UCUCCCUUAUUCCACACCGGUAACUCCAAUUCUUCCCGUCUUCCUUCGCUCCGCUGAUCCCGCUAUGGCUUCCUCUGGCUCCGCCUUCCCCCUCCUCCUCCUCGUCCUCUCCCUCCUCGCUGCCUCCGUCGCUGCUCGUCCCGGGGUCCCCUUCCACCCUUGCAACACUGUCUUCAUCUCCUACACCAUCUCCACCACUACCGACGCUGCCCUCCCCGGUAACAACCGUCCCAACGGAUUCGUCUCCGUCUACCGCAUCAUCACCCCCGUCCGCACCACCUUCCACUCCGACCCUCGCUCGGCCAUGAUCCCGCGGCCGGGGCUCCUCCUCCCCCGCCGCGAGGUCGCCCCCGCCGAGCCCGCCCCCUUCGGGUUCAGCUCCCUCCGAGAUCGCGCCAAAGACAUCCUCGUGGUCGUGAUCGGCCUCCUCUUCGGUGUUGGGUGCGGCGCCCUCACCGCCGUCACCAUGUACCUGGCCUGGUCCCUUGUCGCCCACCGUCACGAGAUCUGCGGCUCCGAUGGGUACAGCGACGAGGAAGGGGAUGUGAAAGGGAGCGCCAAGAAGGCAGGCUACGUCAAGAUCCCGCCCGCUGAUCCAGUGUCCGUCAAAGAAGGGUAUGAGGGAAACUAGGGUUAGGGUUUUAUGAAUUGCCAUUAGGGCAAUACACGUAUACAUGUUAUGAUGGCCAUAUGUAAUAAUAAUUUCUGCAGCGGGUAUGUGUGUGGACUUUACGGUGCUAAUUUGGUUCUAAUGUCGUCUGUGGAAUUGUCUUGAAAAGCUGGUCUAUUUGUGUGUGACUUUUUUUCUCUUUUGUUAACAGGAUCAUAUGUCGUGUUUACUUAAAUGUUGCUGUUCCUGCUGCAUCAUCUGUAUGACUAUUUAUGUUAGCAAUUGCAAGAACUCUAGCCAGUUCAAGUUAUUUCA